AUGGAAUGGACCCAGAAAACAUCCGCACUUGCGGCCAGCGAGAAGAGCUUUGUGCUACUACGACGUGGCAGAAUUCCGGAUCCUAUGGAUACUGAGCUAGGUUCAUGUGGGUUCACCAACAUACGGCUAUCGACGCGAUCGCAAUGGACGUGCAGAAAGCCUCUCGAAAAUGAAGUGGGGAAGAACCUGUUGGGAAAAGCGGGUCAUACUGCAUGUGAUUGUGGGCAGAGAGAGAGACGAUUGGAGCCCUGCCGGCGGACGCCCCUGCAGCUUUGGCCUGUCAAGUGCGAUCCCUGCUGUCAUGAGUUGGGGGCGUCUAGCAAUAUAGGUGCGUUACUUUUCACCAGCAAUGGCAGCCUGCAAGGAUAG